AAGAGCUGCACACCGUUGGUGGAAGUGGCACGAGUUGAGGAAACGGAUUCGUUCAAGGUCAGUGACGAAGGAGUCACCAACGAGCUGUUCGAGCGUAUCAAUGCAGCAGAACGUCCAAACAAACUGGACCUGAACGUGAUCAAGGAGCGCAAGGUCAGCGAAUCCCUAGUAACUACCACCGAAAGUGUGAUUGAUCGCAGCGAUAACACCUCGAAGCUCGAUAACUACAGCUUCACGAACAUCUCGAACCGUUCUUCGAUGUCAUCAUCCUUCGUACUUGAGCUACCGAUCAAAACUAGUCUACAGCACGACAGUCCACUAUUACCGCCGAGUACGGACCUCUCGUCAGUGGUGAUGGCAGAGACGAAACAGCCAAAAUACCAGCUGGCCGAUGCCAGCACACCUACACCGCAGGACCACAACGAAAGCCCCGCUGAAGACAUUGAGCGGUAUCUGGCGAAUCGGGUAAAGUUUCUUAAGGAAAAAUCCUUCUCGAUGGAUGAUCCCAUCAAGGGUGAAGAACUACCGCCGGAGGACAUCUCAAAGCGGUCUGCCUCCGAAGGGCUGGUUUCGGUCGACACGAACGCACUCAAAAGUGACAAAAUGCUGGAGAUUAUAAAAGAAAACUCACUGAUCCUCGGGCGGAUAGUAAGAAAGUCACGAGAACAGGACGAACAGCGAACGGAUCAGCUGAUUAAGGAGGACGAAGCGGAAAUGUUGAUUAAAUCCAUCGAACAGCUACCUAGCUUACAUAUAGACGAGGCGACUCUCGAUCACACGAAGAUCACUCACCGGGUCGAUGAAAUGCUAGACAAAACGGAAAAACCACCCGUUUCGCCAGUGCCAGUGCCUAUGCCAGUGCCAGCGCCGAAGGUAGAGACCAUCUUGCCCGACGAGACGAUCAUCAAUACGGAUGAAAUCAAAUCCAAAACGGAUCUAGUUAUCAAGCGAACCGAGGAACAGCUAGCCAGGUUCGCUCCACCCGAACCCACCUAUUACGUGAGAAAGGACAACUUUCGUGAAAUCAUUACUCCCGAGGAGGAAAAACAGGAAGCGAAGGUGGAAUGUGUUGAACCGGAAGCGAAAGCGCCAACGCCCAAACCAAAGCCCGACCAAAAAGUGGAACCACUGAACAUAAGCUUUAAUGCCAUCGACACCCGGGCAGUGUCGUCCAAGACGGAGGAAUUGAUCAAGAAAACCGAGGAACAGUUGGCGCGCUUCCGGACGCACGACAAAAAGCUGAUAGACAAGCUGGAAAAGCGUCUCUCGUUGAUCGACAUGAAGCUCGAGGAGAAACCGCCAACCCAGCUAGUGCCACCCAGCAAGACGGAGGAGAUCCUGAAGAAAUCGGAGGAACAAAUUUCUCGUCUGCUGGCGCGCAAGUCACCGACACGCUUCAAACUCGAGGAAGGAACCGAUCUGAAGCCGACGGAUCUUAGCAAUCUCAAGACGGACGAGCUCAUCAAGAAGACCGACGAACAGCUGGCCCGGUUUAAGGCGGCCGCUGAAAGUACGGCCGAGAAGCGGAAAAGUCGGCACGAAAUCGAUGGGCUGCUGAAACCGGACGGCUCCAGCGAGAAACCCAUGAGCCGGUCCUGUGAAUCCAUCCGUACGGAGGAUUUUUCCACCAAGGAUCCCGACGAAGCCGGGAUCAUUCGGCACGCACAGGAGGAGAUCCUGCGCACCAUCAAAAUACCGGAUGAAGUGAAAAGCUCCAAAACGGACGAGAUCAUCAAAAGCAUCGAGGAUGGUAAGAUCAAGCUGGGCGAUGAUUACAUUACCACGAUCAAGACAAUCGAUUACCUGAAGCGCUCCAAUGCGAACAUGCUGGCAACGCUGUCUUCGAUCGAAAGUUCCAUCAAGGCGAUCGAUGGUUACUGUGACUACGAUUCCGACAUUCAAUCGGACCGCAUCAACCAUACCAUCGAUAAUCUCGAAAAAUCGCUCAAGCAAUUUGAAACCCCCGGAGGGCAACGUACUGGCAACGAAACGGGUAAUUGUCCGAGUGCCGAACCACCACUGGUGAUGGUACACGAUUACUCUACCACCCACGAGAGCCGCUGUCGUCCGGCGUCCUGCAAUCGACCCAGCAGAUCACGCAAACGCAAAGAAUACUCUCCCCGGCGACGAAAAGAUAAGGAGCGCGAAGGAGAGAAAAGUGGCGGUCCACGACCGCGCAAGGAUCACAGCAGUGACUAUUCCUCGGACAACCAAUCGCUCGAACGGGAAUCACCCAAAACGUACACGUACGCCUCGUACUACAGCCAUUCACCUCCACUAUCGCCACGGCUUGUCUCACCAUCUCGCAAACUUCCCGAACCCGUUGUCGCACGGCCGACAACCCUCAAAAGCACCUCGCACGAUCGGUAUAUUCUGAAUCUGCAGCGGGACAGUGGGCCACUGAUUAAGUUCGACAAAUCACCCUCGUCACCGAUCAUCACCAAGGCCUACCUGGAGUCACUGAAACCCGCCACACCGGUGGCUUCCGGGCGGACGACACGUUCGGCCGAAAACUCUCCACCCUAUCACCCAGCGCAACCACCCGUACUUUCGCCAACGACUUCCGCUAACAUCGGUCGCCAUACCGGGGUCCUGCGGAACACUACGUACGCCGACAACGAGCACUCGCACAUCAAGAGCUGCGAGAACAUUCUGAUGCGCUUCGAUUAUGAGAAAAUCUCGGCCAUCGCCGCUAGCUACCCGAUCAGUAGUGCCCUCUCGCCUUCACCUACCAAGUAUAACAGUCUCGAUUUUAAGCACGAUAACACCCUAAACCUAACGUUAACCUCAUCGCCGAACAAAAAAUCCUUACACUAGCGGGUGUGAAAGCAGAUGCCCGCGCUCGUGACACAACCGUUUGGGGCAACGAUCAUUCGCAACCUUUCCCGUUUUAGCGCCUCAGAACUUCGAAUACAUUCCGAUAUCUCUAGCUUUCCGUGCUCGUGCACCAGGUACUCUUGAAUAGCCACGAAUUCCUGUGAUAAAACGUUAGUGUGGGGAGGGGGGGGGGGUGUCCUCCUCGCUCGAGCUACGGAGUUUGUUUGAAUUUAACAACUGCAUCUACCCCCAAACCCACGGGACUUCUGUACAAAAUCCAUCCUCAUCCAGAUGCCACAGGAGUUGGAGUCGAUAAAAUACCGAUACAAACGUAGGCACAUUUUAUACCGAAUGCAGAAUACGUGGCCGGGCGAUGGGGCGGCAAGAAUCGAACGUUCAUAAAUCUUCCCGUAGCGCACCCCUUAUAGCGUCCACAGCACACGAGUGGUUGGUUGUGGUUGGUAUCUUAUCUCACAUCUAUCUUCCUUGUCCGUAGGCCCGUGCUCUUCUACAAUGGCAAUUCUACUCCUUAUGACUAUCUACAUUAGAUACGA